AACAUGCCUCCAAAGAAAAAAACGAAAAAGACCACAAAGAAGAACCCAGAAAAAAGUGAAAAUGACUUGGAAGCAAAGUAUAGGCGCAGCAUUCUGGACGUAGCCAUCCUACAGGAUCACAUUGCCUUACAGUGUGAGUCUGUAAAAAAGGUCCAGUCUGAUAGAAUUGACCUGAGGAGAUGCAUGAGACACAUGGAGCAGAAGCUGCAGCAUGAGAGGCAAGACCACAGGGACGUCCACUCUGAACUCAGUCGCCAGUACAACACCAUGCAGACAGAGCUGACCAACAAAGUACAGAGGAUGGAGAAAGAGGUCAGCCAGCUGUCAGAACAACUUGUGAUGUGUCAGGAGGAACUGAGUAAAGAGACAAGAGAGCGUGAGCAGGUGGAAAGGGAAAAAGAUGCCACCAUAGCUGACCUCCAACACAAGCUGGACAACAUGGAGACAGACUAUGAGAAGAUCCUGCACGAGAAUCUAGACAGUCUGACUUCUCAGCUGUCUGCGGCUCAACAGGGAUGGGAGGACAAGAGCACAAUCAUUCAUCAAAAUUACAAGGAACUGCUCUCUGAAUUUGGCCUGAAUGCACGCCACAUCUGA